UUUCUAACAAGUUCCCAGGAGAUGCUGAUGCCGCGCGUCUGGAGACCCUGGAACCACUGCAGCGAGGACCAAGGGGUUGAGCUCUCUUGGUGGUGGUCCAGAAUUCAGGGGAGUGCAUAAUAUUUAAAAGAUGCUUCAAAGAAGAUGAAAAGUGGUCUUAUGUUUGUAAAACUGGUUAGCCCAUCUUCAGGAGAAGGAGCCCUUUACUUGUUCAACAUGUGUCUACAGCAGCUGUUUGAAGUAAAAGUUUUCAAAGAAAAACACCAUUCUUGGUUUAUAAAUCAAUCGGUUCAAUCAGGAGGUCUUCUCCACUUUGCCACCCCCAUGGACCCGCUGUUUCUGCUCCUCCACUACCUCAUCAAGGCUGAUAAGGAGGGAAAAUUUCAGCCCCUAGAUCAAGUUGUGGUGGAUGACAUGUUUCCAAAUUGCAUCUUGUUACUGCAACUUCCAGAACUUGAGAAGUUACUUCGCCAUGUGACAGAGGAAAAAAAAAUAGACAACAAGAAAUAUUACAAGUACAGCAAAGAGAAGACAUUAAAAUGGCUGGAAAAAAAGGUUAAUCAAACUAUGGCAGCAUUAAAAACCAACAGUGUAAAUGUUGGUGCCCGGGUCCAGGCAACUGCAUUUUUCUCUGCUGACCAAGCUUCUAGUGACAAGGAAGAGGAUUAUAUUCGUUAUGCCCAUGGUCUGAUAUCUGAUUACAUUCCUAAGGAAUUAAGUGAUGACUUAGCUAAAUACUUAAAGCUUCCAGAGCCUUCAGCUUCAUUGCCAAAUCCUCCGUCAAAGAAAAUAAAGUUAUCAGAUGAGCCUGUAGAAGCAAAAGAAGAUUACACUAAGUUUAAUACUAGAGAUAUGAAGACUGAAAAGAAAAAUAGCAAAUUGACUGCAGCUCAGAGGGCUUUGGCUAAAGUUGACAAGAGUGGAAUGAAAAGUAUUGAUACCUUUUUUGGUGCAAAAAACAAAAAAAAAAUUGGAAAUAUUUGAAACUUUGAAAAUGACAUCUAGCAAAAAUACUUGCUUUUUACAUGUUUCUUUUUCAUCAUCACCUUUUGGGGGUUGGGGGGAAAAGACGACAAUUUUUAGAUUCUCUUGAACAUUUCUUUGUGUCUGAUUUUUUUUUUUGUUCCUAAACAAAAUAUGGGAAAGUAAUUGCAUCACUUCAUGGCUGUGACCUUUGGAGUCCCUUUUGACAUAAUAAAAAGUAAUCAAGUGAAUAGAAUUAACAUUGUGUCACGAUUUCCUCAAUAAACUGACCUGUGACAAUA